AAAAAAAAGAUCAACAUUAUCUCCGCGAAGUCUCUGUCCCGUUAUCGUGUUUGGUUACCGAGAAAACUGAAGAAAAUAAAAUUUUAAUUCUCUCCAUAGUUUUCUUUGGAUAUGAUGCCGAUGAGUCUGGUUACAAACCAUUGCAGUAGUUACAGCUCUCAUUUUUCAACAAUUUCAAGUUACAAGCCACAGCAAAGCAGCAGUACUCAUGUCACACGCAUGGUGCCCAUUGUUGAGCGUCAGCAAAGCAGCUGCUUUCAAAUUAGUGCAUUUAUCAGUAGCCUGGCAGUGACAAAUUUGGCUGCAAUUGAUAGUGCGAAGGCUUUAACUACUCAGAAAGUCACGGAAGGAGCUGCUUCCGUUUAUAACAUGGCUGAUGGAAGCCUUGGAGAUCUGUUUGGUGGCUUCCUAUAUUCAGCUGGACAGCAGGCAAAUGAAGCUGUUCAGGACCAAUUAUCAGCUCUCAGUUUCACCAGUUUGGCAGUUAUAUUUGGGGCUGGGCUUGUGACCAGCCUAUCUCCUUGUACACUUAGUGUUUUACCACUUACCCUUGGUUAUAUUGGUGCGUUUGGAUCUGGCAAAAGCAGAGCACAAAUCAUUGGGGAUUCCAUUGCAUUUGCAUUAGGAUUGGCAACAACACUUGCACUCCUAGGUGUAGGAGCCUCGUUUGCAGGGAAGGCAUAUGGGCAAAUUGGGAGGGGAUUACCUUUGGCUGCUUCUGGUUUGGCUGUUGUUAUGGGUCUGAAUCUUCUUGAGAUAAUUGAGUUGCAACUACCCUCAUUUUUUGACAACUUUGAUCCCCGUGCUGCUGCUGCUAACUUCCCAUCAAGUGUCCAAGCAUAUUUAGCUGGAUUGACCUUUGCAUUAGCUGCUUCACCUUGCAGUACACCAGUGCUGGCCACUCUGCUGGGAUAUGUGGCUACAUCCAAGGACCCAGUGAUUGGGGGAAGCUUACUAUUGACGUACACAACUGGCUAUGUUGCUCCUCUACUUCUUGCUGCCUCUUUCGCUGGAGCAUUGCAGAGCCUGCUUUCGUUCCGCAAAUUCUCCUCAUGGAUCAAUCCAGUGAGCGGUGCACUUCUCUUGGGAGGAGGUGUCUACACUUUCUUGGAUAGGCUUUUCCCCCCCACCAUGUCAAUGUAGAGAAAAUACUCUUGCAUUAUUGAGAGAGAGGUAUUGUACAGAAAAAGUUAAAAUUAAGAAAUAAAAUAUUACUAUGUUUACUAUUGUCAGCAGCACAAUCAUUCUGGUGCCCACUCUUGUAAAUGACUCAUUCAAUUAAUUAUGAGAACAAAGCAUCUGUCUCAUCUCUGGUCAUUUCAGUGCUUCAUUAGACACGAUGAGCUCAAGUGUAUACAAUCUUAUAGAAACAUUUGAAUAGUAAGAAAAAACAUGUUAUUUGUGAAAAAAACAUGCACCCAUUUGACGAUUGCUAUCUAUAUAUGAA